GACGACCGACGGCGCAUCCCCCCCUCCCCCGCCGAGGGCAGCGCGGACCCCGCGGCCGCUCCACCUCCCGUGACCGCCUGCGUCCCGGCCGGGCUGCUGCGCGGGGCCGUGCGCGCCCGGGGGAGCGAUGCAAGUCUCCAUAGCCUGCACAGAGCACAACCUCAAGAGCCGGAAUGGGGAGGACCGACUUCUGAGCAAGCAGAGCUCCGCCGCCCCCAAUGUGGUGAACGCCGCGCGGGCCAAGUUCCGCACGGUCGCGAUCAUCGCGCGCAGCCUGGGCACCUUCACCCCCCAGCAUCACAUUUCUCUCAAGGAGUCCACCGCGAAGCAGACUGGCAUGAAAUAUAGAAAUCUUGGAAAAUCAGGACUCAGAGUUUCUUGUUUGGGUCUUGGAACAUGGGUGACAUUUGGAGGUCAAAUUUCAGAUGAGGUUGCUGAACGGCUGAUGACAAUUGCCUACGAAAGUGGAGUGAAUCUCUUUGACACUGCUGAAGUCUAUGCUGCUGGAAAGGCUGAAGUGAUUCUGGGGAGCAUCAUCAAGAAGAAAGGCUGGAGGAGGUCCAGCCUGGUCAUAACAACCAAACUCUACUGGGGUGGAAAAGCUGAAACGGAAAGAGGGUUGUCAAGAAAACAUAUUAUUGAAGGAUUGAAGGGCUCCCUCCAGAGGCUGCAGCUGGAGUAUGUGGAUGUUGUCUUUGCAAAUCGACCAGACAGCAACACCCCUAUGGAAGAAAUUGUUCGAGCCAUGACACAUGUGAUAAACCAAGGAAUGGCCAUGUAUUGGGGGACCUCGCGGUGGAGCGCCAUGGAGAUCAUGGAAGCCUAUUCUGUAGCAAGGCAGUUCAAUAUGAUCCCACCGGUCUGUGAACAAGCUGAGUACCAUCUUUUUCAGAGAGAGAAAGUGGAGGUUCAGUUACCAGAGCUCUACCAUAAAAUAGGAGUUGGAGCAAUGACAUGGUCUCCACUUGCCUGUGGAAUCAUCUCAGGAAAAUAUGGAAAUGGAGUGCCUGAAAGUUCUAGAGCUUCGCUGAAGUGCUAUCAGUGGCUGAAGGAAAGAAUUGUAAGUGAAGAGGGCCGAAAACAGCAAAACAAGCUUAAAGACCUUGCCCCGAUUGCUGAGCGUCUGGGAUGCACACUACCUCAGCUGGCUGUUGCGUGGUGCCUGAGGAACGAAGGCGUGAGCUCCGUGCUCCUGGGCUCCUCCACCCCCGAGCAGCUCGUCGAGAACCUCGGCGCCAUCCAGGCAAGUACCGCAGCCCUCGGCCGCCCGCUCCGGCAGCCCCCGCGGGUUGCGGCCUUCCCAAAGCUCUUCCCAGGGCGGUGUGGCCCCGGCGUCCCCUCCCCGCACGAAGCGGCUCGUGGCGCACAGCCCUCCCCGGGGGCUCCCGCCGCAGACCCCGCCAACCGGGGCAGCCCUCGGGGUCGCCCGGGGCACUGCCUGCCGCCCCGGGGGCUCCCCGAGCUCGCACCGCGGUGUCCCGUGUCCGCCGUGUCCCCCAGGCGACGUCGGAGAGCUGUGCAGGGAAUGUCCCCACAUGCUACGCGUCCCAGAGGAAACGGGCUCAGAAUUGUUCGGGGCCUCCGGGAUCACAUCCUCCGUCUCAGCAGCCGGUUCAGAACCAGCCAUCCCAGUCCUCCCCGCGGGUGGGAACGGGGGGGGCGGGGGGGGGGGCAGUGGCUGCCGUGACCUCCCCGCCCGCGCCCUGCUCCGGCCGCGGCCACAGCUGCCCAAGUAGGUGCAGCAGGUGCGCUGGGGACGCGGGGUCUCCCCGGCCACGUGCCCCGGCGGCCGCGGUGCAGGAGGGUGACAACAGGCCCAACAGUGAGGACUGCGCCGCCUCACAGAGCGUUCUGGACCGACGGCUGCUUAAAAGUCCGGGUCUUGCGACGCUGUAUGUACGUUUUUCAUGUUUUAUUCAAGUAGUUGUACGGCUGCUUCGUUUGAUGCCUAACUCGGAAAUUCACUUGGGCGUCCUGAAGGAAGAGUUUUCCCUCCUCGCGGGCCGACCCGACCCGCAGCUCCACUUGGUCGACGUGGGCCCGUGUGGGCCCGUGUGGGGCCCGGGGUGGCGGCCUCACGUCGGCGUCAGCUCCCCGAGGCCCCGCAGCCGGGGGCACGUCCCCCCUUCGGUGCGGAGAGGAAGGCGGUAGGCACGGGGCGCCUCGGGGCCUCGGGGCUCCGGGGGGCAGCCCUGCCGCGGACUCGGGUCCCCCGGCGUCACCCGGGCCUCCCGCCUCGACGACCGCAGCGGGGGCGGGGGGGGGGGGCGGAACCGCGGCCUGACGGGGCCAGUCCAGCCGCGAACAAGCCAGCCGUCCCGUCCAGGGCUGCAGCCUGUGCCCUUGAUCCCCGCGCUCCCUCCGGCCGGGCGCCGCCGCGCUCCGCCUGCACCAGGGUCUCUGAGGCCGCUGCCCCUUUCCACCUCCUCCAGCUCAGCCCCGGGCUACCUCGGGGUGUCUGACGGGGUCACGCCCAGCCCACAAGUCCCGGGCAGCGGCCCCGGCGGCCGUCCGUGCUGUCACCCCCACUGCCCCUCCCCGGCUUGUGGCCACGGGCGCAGCGGCCCCCACCCGGGCCUCUCACGGGAACUGGCCUCUGGGCGCGGAGCAGCUGGUCAGGAGGGAGACGCCGCGGGGGGGGGGGGGGCGUACUGGCUCUGAAGGCUUCGCAUUUAAACAGACGCAGCGCAUCUUAGUUUUCUGUAAGGACACGUUGGAAGGUGCUGGACGAAGUGGAGGACGCUUUGUCUUAGAGACUUUAUCCAUGAGAGAGAGAGAGGCGGAGACCCAGGCAGAGGGAGGAGCAGGCUCCACGCAGGGAGCCCGACGCGGGACUCGAUCCGUCCCGGGACUCCAGGAUCACGCCCUGGGCUGAGGGCGGCGCUAGACCGCUGAGCCCCCCCGGGCUGCCCUAAAAUGGAGGCUUUAAAGACACUGAUUUCCUGUUUCUCUCCCCUGUGAUGUGGCCAUUAGAACAUCUGAAAUCCCGGGGCUCCUAUUCCCGGGAGCCCGCACUUACGUUCCGCCUUUACGCGGCUGCGCAAUACUUAGAAGCAGCAACCGUGAGCCAGGCCCGGCCCUCUCCUCGCAGGCGCGCAGUGGAGAAAACCAGGUCCCUGAGCUCAAGGAGCUCGCGGGCGGGAGGGGGCUUCCCUGGAGCUGCGGUGCACAGGUCCGGUGCACAGGUCCGGACGGCUUCGCUCCCGCCUAAGCACAAGGAACAGACGAUCAGGUACUGACCUUUCCCUCUGUCCUUCUCCUGCUCUCAGGUUCUCCCAAAGAUGACAUCACACGUGGUAAAUGAAAUCGAUAACAUAUUGCGAAACAAGCCCUACGGCAAAAAGGACUACCGAUCCUAAGUGCAUGAGUCGGGGGACCUGCAUGGGUAACCGCGGUCUGUCCGUACAGAACGGCGUCACUAGCCGGCCUUGAGUCACUUAGCAGCCUGCUGCUCAACCUCUAGUAUUCCCGGAUCCUGAGGUACCUGCUGUCGCUACCACUGUGCACCCGAGUUACGAGCACAUCUGAAAACUCACAACCAAGAAAAUCCAUUCUAUUUUCUUAUCUUGGACUGGAGUCACCUAGUGCUGCACCUCAUGCUUACGCCACAGAGUAUGUAUGCGGGGGGGAGGCCUGUCACCUUCAGGCACUUAGUAACUUGAAGGCUGUACAGCUAUAUUUUUUCAGAUGCAUAAAACCCGCAGAUGCAACGUGGGUUGCAUCAGAAAAGAAAGAGUAGGCUACGUUCACUCAGAAGUCUUACUUGGGAGAAUAAGCAGAAACAACUUCACAUUUUUUUUUCCUAUUUCUGCAGUAAAGAGCUGUUUCCCUUGUCCUUCAACAAAAAUAAAAUUCCAAGGUAUGCUUUCAUUACCUUUUAAGAAUAUUCACUGUUGUUUGGCCCGAAGAAUGCCCUGUAUUGUGAUUUACCCGAAGUAUGUAUUAGGAUCCUAUUAGCAUCAUGUCCAUUCACACGUAAAGGUGGUGAAAGGAUGGUGGAAGGACGAACAGCACGUCUUUACCUUGACACAUUAUGCCUAAUUUAGAAAAGGGAGGAUUACACUGCUAUGGAAGCUUAGCCUUGAACAAAAUGUAAUAUAUCUGCAGUUGAAGUGUUCACUUUUGACUACAUUUUAUUAAAACCUGCUUUAUACUUUGGACUGCCUGUAGGCACAGCUUCUGCAAGUUUAAAUAUUUGAGCUUUAAAAAUAAAUAGACACAUGCUCAGUUUUGUAAGUAAACCUGUAAAAUACCCACAAAGGCAAAUGUUUGCUGUUUAAUUAGCACUGGGACUUUAUAAUAAUAGAAAACUGGUUUUUGAGGAGUUAACAUGAAAGGGAAUCACGGACUUCGUGAAAAAUGCUGUCACUGCUCAGCAUAUGCUGGGUGAAUGAACCUGCCUAGUAAAAAGCAAAUGUUAGAAAAUUUCCUGAUUCUAUAACCACAUUAUAUUGCACUAAACUAAUGCAUGAAAGUUCUCUGCAUGGAUGGGAGGGGCCUAGCCUCCUUGCACACAGAAGCUGAGGGCUAACUCGUUACCUACCCUCAUGAAUAUUCCACUUGAAAAAAACCUGAGAAUAUCUUGUGUGUACCUGUAAGGAGGGAAAACUCCGGGGGGAGGGGGGUCCUAUGUCUCUAUUUGGAUACCUGAGCAUGUACAAGAUUCCGAUUUUCUGGUUAGCAGUACCCCAUAGAGAAGCCACUCUGAGAUGUGAAGAAUAGACUAUCAGCUUAAAAUGCUACUGUCACCAUUUCCAAAUACGUACUUCAUGACUAAAUUCUAAAUCUUAAAGUGUUAGUGUGAAACACCAAUAAAUUUUUUUUCUGUUACUACUACCUGUAUUUUAAUAAGAAAACAGUUUGGUUUUUUUUGCCCAGUAGUAUCAGAUUAAUGAUGGAUCAUCCUUCAGUUGUUCAUUGUGUGUUAAACCAGUGAACCGCUGUCUGCAUAAAUGAGCUCAAGUUGUCUAAUUGGAACUGCAAUUUAACUUAUUUGCUUAGAGUAAUAAAAGCAUUUUGUGCAUUUAAUCUGAGUUAUCUGAUCUUUCAUUAUAAAGGAAUAUAUGCAUAUACCUCCAUGAAAUAGGAAGAAUCAUUUGAAUAAAAAUUAUUUUGGCAAGUAAGCAGCACUGAAUGAAACCUAUCAAAAGAUUUCAGUGACCAAACUUUUUUCUCCUCUUAUUAAUGAAGAAGAUUAUUAACUGCUAAAGAUAUCCUCUCGCACUGGGUUUUAAAAAUACACUACACUGAGGCCAAAGGGUUUCAGAAACCUUUAAGAACACCUGCAGAUUAAGGCCAAAUGACAAACAUCAUUGCUUACCCGUGGGAACAACUUUUUUUUUUUUUAGCAGACAAAUCAUCUGCCAUAGUAAACAUACUAGAUUAGAAACAUCAGUUACAUCCUUAAGAAAAGUUUCCACCUACUCCCAUUUUCUUUGCUGGAAAGAAUUUCUUAGCAGGGAGCAUACCCUUCCGAAGGGUAACCGCGGGAGCAGCCAUCCACAUAGACAUCUUAGACGCUAGCUUCAUCCUCAUCAAUAGUGUCCCAUCUGUCAUCAGGUGUCAGAGCUUCACCUUCGCCAGCUUUGGGGCCACCACUCCUUGGCAAAGGGGAAACCAGGCCUAAACCCCAAGUUUUCAGUGUUCUAGUCCAGUGCUUUUUUUAAGGAUGAAUUUUAUGAAUUCUGGAGGUAAUUUUUUUUUUUUUUACAGUAAGAAAGCUGGGGAAAGAAUCCAAAUUCAGAAUCAGUUAAGAGGCAAAGGCCAGAAAGCAGAUGCCACGAGAACUCAUGAAAGCCCAUGAGAAGUUAGUCUCUAAAUGCAUCCAUCAAAAUCUAAACCAACCACUCAGAAACCCUCCUAAUCUUCAGUUAAUUAUCCUACCUGGGAGUCCAAAGAGGUGGGAGAUAAUCCCCCAGAGCCCAAACAGUGUCUAUGUCUCCUUUACGUCUCCAGAAGCAGCAGGGACCAGCGCACACACGGAAAGCCCAGAACGCGGGUGGCAGGACAACGCGGCAGGCAGAGGGUGGCGGAAGCCGGACACGCUGC